UGAUUACCAAAAAGACCUCCAUAUAGCUGAUUCCUUCCCUAUUACUUCCUCACUUGGAAGUGUUCAACAAGAAAAAGAGAAUUAAAAUAUAUAGCCCGGUUGUUACACUGUAUAGCCACCCACAAGAAAAAGAUUCACACCCACAAAAAUAUAUACCCCUCCUAGAAAGAUUCACAACCCAAGAUCCCCUCCUCUGUCAGAAAAGAGAGAAAUUCUGGUGGAAAAAUGGGUAGAGACGACAGGGUAGAGAGUGGGUAUGGCUCAGAUGGCGAGCCCAAGAACAAGGAGCAUGACAAGAAGGACAAGGAGGAAGAGGAAGAAGAGAUGAAGAUGUCGGUGGAGAGGGUGUUCGAGAGCAAGGUGGUCCCGCCAUGGAGUCAACAACUGACGGUGAGGGCCUUCGUGGUGAGCUUCGUGCUCAGCGUCUUGUUCAGCUUCAUCGUGAUGAAGCUGAACCUGACAACCGGGAUCAUCCCGUCCCUGAACGUGUCCGCUGGGCUCCUGGGCUUCUUCUUCGUCAAGACUUGGACCAAAGUGCUGGAGAAGUCCGGGAUGUUGCAGGUCCCCUUCACGAGGCAAGAGAACACCGUGAUCCAGACCUGUGUUGUUGCCUCCUCUGGGAUCACCUUUAGCGGUGGUUUUGGAAGCUAUUUGUUUGGAAUGAGCGAUCGCAUUGCCAAACAGUUGGGGAGCGGCCCCGGUGAGAAUGACUACAAGGAACUGUCAUUGGCAUGGAUGAUUGGCUUCCUCUUCAUUGUUAGUUUUCUGGGGCUCAUGGCAGUGGUGCCUCUCAGGAAGAUCAUGAUCAUCGAUUUUAAAUUGACAUAUCCAAGUGGCACUGCGACUGCUCAUCUUAUCAACAGUUUCCACACGCCGGAAGGAGCCAAGCUAGCUAAGAAACAAGUGAGAGCGCUGGGGAAAUUCUUCUCAUUCAGUUUCUUGUGGGGAUUCUUCCAGUGGUUCUACACUGCUGCAGAUGGCUGUGGGUUUGCAAACUUUCCAACGUUGGGACUGAGAGCUUUUGAGAACAGGUUCUACUUUGACUUUUCUGCAACGUACGUUGGUGUCGGGAUGAUCUGCCCCUACAUCAUUAACAUAUCGCUGCUUCUUGGUGGGAUACUGUCUUGGGGCUUGAUGUGGCCUCUUAUUGAGAAAAGAGAGGGCGACUGGUAUCCUAAACCAGAUCCGGGCGACAUGCACGGCAUUCAAGGUUACAAGGUAUUCAUAUCCAUUGCCAUGAUCCUUGGUGACGGCCUCUACAAUUUCUGUAAAGUGUUGAGCCGGACCCUUGUCGGUUUGUUUAAUCAAGUCAAAGGAAAAAACAGUCUUCCGAGGGUCGCGAGCAGCUCUCCCCCUGAGUCGCCUCAGCUCUCCUUUGAUGAUCAACGCCGAACAAGCCUCUUCCUCAAGGACCAAAUCCCCACUAGUUUCGCCAUCGGAGGCUACAUUGUGAUCGCAAUAAUAUCGAUCAUAUCUCUCCCUCACAUAUUCCAUCAGCUCAAGUGGUACCACAUACUGGUCAUGUACCUCGCGGCCCCCACCUUGGCCUUUUGCAAUGCAUAUGGAUGCGGGCUCACAGACUGGUCCCUCGCGUCGACCUAUGGGAAGCUCGCCAUCUUCGUGAUUGGGUCGUGGGCCGGCGCGUCCCACGGCGGGGUCCUUGCCGGCCUCGCCGCUUGCGGGGUCAUGAUGAACAUCGUCUCCACAGCCUCCGAUCUGACUCAGGACUUCAAGACUGGUUAUCUGACGCUGGCUUCCCCUCGGUCCAUGUUUGUGAGCCAGGUGAUUGGGACAGCCAUGGGCUGUGUCAUAUCUCCCUGUGUCUUCUGGCUGUUCUACAAGGCAUUCAAGGACCUAGGUCUUAAGACUAGCGCGUACCCCGCCCCUUAUGCCAGCAUCUACCGGAGCAUGGCUAUAUUGGGAGUGGAGGGAUUUUCGUCAUUGCCCAAACACUGCCUCAGUCUCUGCUAUGGACUAUUCGCGGCUGCAAUAGUCAUAAAUGCUAUCAGGGACUUUGUCCCCAAGAAGUACUCCAGGUUCAUCCCGGUCCCGAUGGCCAUGGCAAUUCCGUUUUACUUGGGAUCGUACUUUGCUAUCGACAUGUGCGUUGGUAGCCUGAUUCUGUACUUGUGGGAGAGGAUCGACAAGGCCAAGGCCGAUGCAUUUGGACCAGCGGUUGCCUCGGGACUGAUUUGUGGGGACGGCAUAUGGACUCUGCCGAGCUCCGUACUCGCCCUCUCGGGUGUGAAGCCGCCGAUUUGCAUGAAGUUCUUAUCCAGGGCGGCAAACAACAGAGUUGACAACUUCCUGCAGGGCUCAUGAAUCAAGUGCAAAAGAUGGGUUUAUGGGAAUUUUAGCACACAAUGUUUAUAUGAAUGUUCCGCUUCACUUUAUUUUCUCAAUGUAGCUGGAUGGAAUUUUAGAAUCAAGAAAGUCAGGUUCUGGAUUGAAAAGAAUAAAGCGUAGUCAUCAAUAGGGUUCGUAGCAUAAGUUAAUGUUGGUCUUUGCUGAUAUUGUUGUUUGGAGAUAUUCAAGCCUAGUUAGUGAGAAACAAUCAGGGCUCUUGCUAUCUUUCCCUUACAUGGUAAACAGUGGAAAAGGACUAUGAAAUCAUCAUCUUUCUUUCUA